AUGACCUACACAGUCUGUAGCCUCGGAGAAGUGGUGAAGCAGCCUGUAGGCUUUAUCGCGUCCGAGCUUCGUCGGGCGGUCGACCCGACAACGUCAAAACUCACUGAUGCCACUCGUGCACCUUCAAUGUGGUUUCAUCGUGCUGAAGACAGAACCAACAUCAAUGCCAAUGCUACACUAGACCUCUCACAGGACAUAACGCUCAGCUCGUGGGUGAAAUACAUGUGCAAUGAUCUCGAUGUCAACCUCGGACCGGGCAAAACAAAAGCUGUGCGCCGUCCACAGUUCACACCUGUGGAGAACUUGUUCUAUCCUAUGCCCAAGAGGCCAGAUGUGGGAGGUAGCGGCCGGACUGUGUGCCAGACAGGAGGACCUAAUGAGGUUGAGAACUGA